UCCUUCUCUUUUAUUUUCACAAAAACAGGAACCGAUAAAAUCACAGAGAGAGCCAGAUAGAUAGAAACGCACACAGCAAAGCAAAGCAAAGCAAAACACAGCACCCCGCCCCCAAAACCAAAACCAAGAAAAGUUCAAAACCUAAACCCUACUCUCUCUCUCUCUCUCUUCGAGUCUUUGAAUUUGUAUGAUUGGGGGGGAUUUUGAAAACCAUGGCAUCGGAAAGUGCAUCGAAACCGAGCUCAGCCACAGCCACAGGCUCAGGAGCCGAUUCGUACAUAGGGAGCUUGAUUAGCUUGACUUCAAAGAGUGAGAUCAGAUACGAAGGCGUUCUCUACAACAUCAACACUGAUGAGUCCAGUAUCGGACUCCGAAACGUACGAUCAUUUGGAACUGAAGGUAGAAAAAAGGAUGGCCCGCAAGUUCCUCCAGGCGAUAAAAUUUACGAAUAUAUACUCUUCCGUGGGAGUGAUAUCAAGGAUUUACAGGUUAAAUCUUCUCCACCUGUUCAGCCUCCACCACCUAUAACCAAUGAUCCAGCUAUUAUACAAUCUCAUUAUCCUCGCCCAGUUUCUACAGCUACAAGCUUGCCUCCUGCUGUUAGUGGGACUUUGACAGAUCUUAAUUCUCAUACUGCACAGUUGGGACUUCAUGGUGGCGUGCCUUUGUAUCAACCAAAUCUAGGUUCUUGGGCAGCUACACCACCUCCUCCUAGUGCAAAUGGUGGUGGCCUUGCAAUGCCAAUGUAUUGGCAAGGAUACUAUGGCCCCCCAAAUGGGCUCCCUCAUUUGCAUCAGCAAUCUUUGCUUCGUCCACCACCAGGGCUUUCAAUCCCUUCUUCGAUGCAGCAGCCAAUGCAAUAUCCAAAUUUUAACACCUCUCUACUCACUGGGGCUUCAAACUUACCCGAAGUUCCAUCUUUGUUUCCUCCUGCUAGCUCUAGUUCCCUGAAUUUAAGCUCCAGUUCUUUAACUCCAUUAACUUUGCCAUCCACUCUGCCUCCUGUGCCUUCUGCUACAUUAGCUUCUGAAACAUUAGGAAACUCAGUGCCUAACAAGGCACCACCUAUUAUUGGCCUUCCAUCAGUCACACUUAGUUCUAGUUUGCCAUCUCUGACUCCUUUAGCUACAUCUAGUCCGGAUAUAAGUGCUAUUGUACCACCAAUAAUCUCCAACAAGCCUAGUGCAAUUUCUGGUCCAACCUUGUCAUAUCAAACCUUGUCUCAAUCUACCUCGUCUAUUGUUGGGACAUCCAAUUCUAUUCGUACAGAAACACCAGCUCCCUCAUUGAUAACUCCAGGUCAGUUGUUGCAGUCUGUACCUACUGCAGUUUCUUCGUCUCAAACUUCACAAACAGCACAUAAGGAUGUAGAGGUGGUUCAAGUAUCUUCUUCUGCAUCAUCAUCAGAACCAACAGUGCCAGUUUCAACUGAAGCUCAGCCACCAAUACUGCCAUUACCUGCACCUUCACGAGUUGUUCAUAAGCCCAAUGGAACUCCUUUCCAACAUCGUCAUGGUUACAGGGGACGUGAUAGAGGAAGAGGAAUGGGGAGUUCACGUCCAGUAACAAAAUUCACUGAAGAUUUUGAUUUCAUUGCCAUGAAUGAGAAAUUUAAGAAGGAUGAAGUGUGGGGUCAUCUUGGUAAGAGUAGUAAAUCUCAUUCAAAGGACAAAGAAGGGGAUGAAAAUUUUAGUGAUGAAGAUGAUACUCAGGAUGAAGAUGAUGGUCAAUCAUCCAAGUUACAAGAAAAGCCUGUCUAUAAUAAGGAUGAUUUCUUUGAUUCUCUCUCCUCCAAUGCUCUUGACCAUGAAUCACAUAAUGGAAGGACUAGAUUCUCUGAGCAAAUGAAGAUUGACACAGAGACGUUUGGUGAUUUCGCAAGGUAUCGGGGUGGUCGAGGAGGUCGGGGGCGUGGUGGUCGUUCUCGUGGUGGUUACUAUGGAAGGGGUUAUGGCUACGGUGGGAGGGGCCGGGGGCGGACUAUUCCUAGUCGGGCCAUAUAGAUGGCACUUAAGACGUUUGAAAUGUUAUAGUUGGUAAAUAUAAAGCCUUUAUGCUUACAGCAGCAAACUGGUUUAGGGCUGUGCCUGUUAUGGUUGUGCGUUUUAGUUUUGAUUGUCCUGAAAAUAAAGAGUAGGAUGUACAUUUUGAUUUAAAUUUGUCUUAAUCUGUUUCCUGCAUUCAGCAGUCCAUUAAUGGAGGUAACGAAUAUUUUUGCUUUCAAUUGGAGAAAUACUUUUGCCA